CGUCCGUCGCGAGCAGCCGGGCCGGGGGGAAGCCAGCGAAGCCGAGUAAAGCCGCCGCCCGGGACAGGACCGAAGCAGCAGUUGCCACCGUUGGCGGCGGCCCGGGCAGUUUCCGCUGCUGCUACGGCUGUUGCCAUGCGGCGAGGCUAGGGAGGACCUCACUCCCCCGGGGUGUAAUGAUGUUAACAGAGGCCAGUCUCUCCAUAUGGGGAUGGGGAAGCCUUGGCGUUGUCCUUUUUCUAGUAACCUUUGGACCCUUUGUAAUAUUUUAUUUGGCAUUUUAUAUCCUCUGUUUUGUGGGAGGGGGUUUAGUGGUUACUCUCCUGUAUGGGAAAACAAACUCAGAAAAACACCUAGAGCAGUGUGAACACUCAUUUCUUCCUCCAACAUCAUCUGGGGUCCCUAAGUGCUUAGAAGAAAUGAAACGAGAAGGCAGGACUAUUAAGAUCGACAGAAGACUGACGGGUGCCAAUAUAAUUGAUGAACCUCUUCAGCAAGUUAUACAGUUUUCAUUGAGGGAUUAUGUCCAGUACUGGUAUUACACACUAAGCGAUGAUGAGUCCUUUCUUCUUGAAAUUAGGCAAACUCUUCAAAAUGCACUCAUUCAGUUUGCUACUAGGUCAAAAGAAAUAGACUGGCAGCCUUACUUUACUACACGCAUUGUAGAUGACUUUGGCACUCACCUACGAGUGUUCAGAAAGGCUCAACAGAGGGCAACAGAGAAAGAUGACCAAGUCAAAGGUACAGCAGAGGAUCUGGUAGAAACCUUUUUUGAAGUUGAAGUUGAAAUGGAGAAGGAUGUUUGCCGGGAUCUUGUGUGCACUUCUCCGAAAGAUGAAGAAGGAUUCCUAAGGGAUUUGUGUGAGGUUUUAUUAUAUUUAUUGCUACCUCCUGGAGAUUUCCAGAACAAGAUCAUGCGAUACUUUGUCAGGGAAAUCCUUGCACGAGGAAUUCUUCUUCCAUUAAUAAAUCAACUCAGUGAUCCUGAUUAUAUUAAUCAAUAUGUCAUAUGGAUGAUCCGUGAUUCAAAUUGCAACUAUGAGGCCUUUAUGAACAUCAUUAAGUUAAGUGACAAUGUUGGAGAGUUGGAAGCAGUCCGAGAUAAGGCGGCCGAAGAGCUCCAGUACCUUAGGUCCUUAGACACAGCUGGUGAUGAUAUUAACACUAUUAAAAAUCAAAUAAAUAGCUUAUUAUUUGUAAAGAAAGUAUGUGACUCAAGAAUACAGCGGUUACAGUCAGGCAAAGAAAUAAAUACUGUGAAGCUAGCAGCAAACUUUGGGAAACUUUGUACAGUCCCUUUGGACAGCAUUCUUGUAGACAAUGUUGCACUACAAUUUUUUAUGGAUUAUAUGCAGCAAACUGGAGGUCAAGCUCAUCUCUUCUUUUGGAUGACAGUGGAAGGGUACCGGGUUACAGCCCAGCAGCAGCUGGAGGUUCUAUCGAGUCGUCAGAGAGAUGGAAAACAUCAGACCAGCCAAACCAAAGGUCUGCUAAGAGCAGCUGCUGUUGGAAUCUAUGAACAGUAUUUGUCUGAGAAGGCAUCUCCAAGAGUUAUUGUUGAUGAUUAUUUAGUAGCAAAAUUAGCAGAUACUUUGAAUCAUGAAGAUCCAACUCCAGAAAUCUUUGAUGACAUUCAAAGAAAGGUAUAUGAAUUGAUGCUGCGGGAUGAAAGGUUUUAUCCUUCCUUCAGGCAGAAUGCACUGUAUGUGCGGAUGUUAGCCGAGCUUGACAUGUUAAAAGAUCCUAGUUUCAGAGGAUCAGAUGAUGGGGAUGGAGAAUCUUUUAAUGGGUCUCCUACAGGAAGCAUAAAUUUGUCUUUGGAUGACCUUUCCAGUGUGUCCUCUGAUGACUCUGGACAACUUCAUGCCUACAUUUCUGACACUGUAUAUGCUGACUAUGACCCAUAUGCUGUGGCAGGCGUUUGUAAUGAUCAUGGCAAGACAUAUGCGCUCUAUGCCAUCACUGUCCACCGGCGCAGUCUAAACACCGAGGAGAUGUGGAAAACCUAUCGGCGGUAUAGUGACUUCCAUGACUUCCACAUGAGAAUCACUGAGCAGUUUGAAAAUCUGUCCAGCAUAUUGAAGCUCCCUGGUAAAAAGACUUUUAACAACAUGGACAGAGACUUUUUAGAGAAGAGGAAAAAGGAUUUAAAUGCCUAUUUGCAGUUACUCUUAACUCCUGAGAUGAUGAAGGCAUCCCCAGCUUUGGCUCACUGUGUGUUUGAUUUCCUUGAGAACAAAGCCUACAGUAAAGGGAAAGGUGACUUUGCUCGCAAGAUGGACACUUUUGUAAAUCCACUUCGCAACUCUAUGAGGAAUGUUUCAAAUGCAGUAAAAUCCCUUCCUGAUAGCUUGGCAGAGGGAGUGACAAAAAUGUCAGACAACGUAGGCAGAAUGUCAGAGAGGUUAGGUCAAGACAUAAAGCAGUCGUUCUUUAAGGUGCCUCCUUUAAUUACAAAGACUGAUUCAGAUCCUGAACAUUGUCGAGUCUCAGCUCAACUUGAUGAUAAUGUGGAUGACAAUAUUCCACUUAGGGUAAUGCUUCUUCUGAUGGAUGAGGUGUUUGAUUUAAAAGAGAGAAACCAGUGGCUGCGAAGGAAUAUCAAGAACCUGCUCCAGCAGCUUAUUAGAGCCACAUAUGGUGACACUAUUAACAGAAAAAUAGUUGACCAUGUUGACUGGAUGACCUCACCCGAACAAGUAGCUGACUCGGUGAAGCGUUUCAGAGAUGCAUUUUGGCCCAAUGGCAUUUUAGCAGAGACUGUUCCAUGCAGAGAUAAAGCUAUCCGAAUGAGAACAAGAAUUGCAGGAAAAACAAAAUUAUUUGCAGUUAUGCCAGAUGAACUGAAGCACAUUAUUGGAGCUGAAACAACACGGAAAGGUAUUCUUCGUGUUUUUGAAAUGUUUCAGCACAACCAGUUAAAUAGGAGAAUGGUGUAUGUCUUCUUAGAAGGCUUUUUAGAAACCUUAUUUCCACAGUAUAAAUUCCGUGAACUUUUCAACAAACUUCAUUCAAGGUCAAAGCAGAUGCAGAAAUAUAAACAGAAACUUCAAAGUACUCAAGCGCCUUCUUUACAGAAAAGGUGACACUCCAGCAUGUAAAGCUGGUGUUCUUCUUGUCCAGGACUGAUAGUGUGGACAGCUCUUCGGGGUAUAACUCACAUACUGUUGCGUCUACAACAGUCUUUCAGUGUCUCAACAAAUCACUAGUACAUCCAUAAGACUGGGUCUUCUCAUGCUCAUCUGUAACCCAGCCAACACCAAGAGAGAUUCCUGUGUCUUAAAUGAUUUGGUGCAUAAUUUGCAACAUUGAGAGGAUACUGCCCCCAUCUCAUUCAAGAAUGGAGUUGCUCUCUUCUGUUCCAAACAAAUCAGCAUUCUCUACCAGUGACGAAGUGCCAGAGUGUAUGUAUGAGUGCUAAGGGAAGCACAAAGCAAUGGGUCAGAGGUCACUAGUUUGGUUAAUAGUUGGAGACUGCAGUGCGUGAUUGGGAGAGGUCUGUUUCCCUUGGUGAUCUUGUGGGUCAUUGUCAGCAUUUUGAUAUCAUGUGGGUCAGCAGGUGAGUGAUCUUUAGAACAGAUGUUUCAAGGUCUGGGAAAAGUGACAGAAUGCCCUCAGUAUAGGAAAUAACCCUUUCCCAAAAUUACAGUUUUGUUGUGUAAAGCACUAUAAAAUAGAACCAAUCAAAACUAGAAUUUGAUUGGAUUUAUUAUUCAUUGGUAUAAAUUUUCAUUGAUUUUUAUGUGCUUUAAGGGCUCAGCUUGCUCUUAAGGUAUUCAACUCUCUACUUUCCCUUUGGCAUUCUGUGCAGAAGAAGCAUGUGGUAGCUCUAAGUUUAAAUUUUUUAAAUCUUUUAACAGAUUACUGAUUAUAUAGAGGGGGAAUUAUUUAUUGUAAGAACUGCCAAAUACAUUCUGUCCUAAAAAUUGGAAAUUUAAACAGUACUCUAUUAAAAGUUACCAUAUGAUAACUUUAAUCAUAUGAUCUAGACAUGCCUUAGGUAACUACCGACAUAGCAAAUCAAAGGAUUAAUGAGCUUAUAGUCCUAUGUAAACAUACAGAUGCCUAAUUCUACUAUGUGUACAUAUAUGAAAAUAAAUAAUGAAAACAGAACUGUACUAUUUUUUAAAAUAUGCUUUUAUUUAUAUUUCGCAUAAUGUAAAAUUCUAAAUAAAGCUAGUACACAAAA